UUGCAGAAGAAGUUCUGGCAGCAAUCCGUACUGUAAUAGCUUUUGGAGGACAGGAAAAAGAAAUUAAAAGAUACCAUAAAAAUUUAGAAGAUGCUAAACGGAUUGGAAUAAGAAAGGCUAUUACAGCUAAUAUUUCUAUGGGUGCUGCUUUCUUACUGAUAUAUGCAUCAUAUGCACUGGCAUUCUGGUAUGGAACUACUUUGAUCUUAACUGAUGAUUACACUAUUGGCAAAGUUCUUACAGUCUUUUUCUCUGUAUUGAUUGGAGCUUUCAGUAUUGGACAGACUGCUCCGAGCAUAGAGGCAUUUGCAAGUGCAAGAGGAGCUGCCUACACCGUCUUUAAUAUAAUAGACAAUGAGCCUCAAAUUGACAGCUAUUCAGAGACAGGUUACAAACCAGACCACAUAAAAGGGAACUUGGAAUUAAAAAAUGUUUACUUCAAUUAUCCAUCCAGACCAGAUGUUGAGAUACUGAAGGGCUUGAAUCUCAAGAUUAAUUCUGGCCAGACAGUGGCCCUGGUUGGUGGCAGUGGCUGUGGGAAAAGCACAACUGUUCAGCUCAUCCAGAGAUUUUAUGAUCCCAAGGAAGGCACGGUUCCUUGAUCAAAACAAGUAGUAACCAGUUUUUGUCUGCUCUCUUUUGUUUAGGUUACCAUUGAUGGGCAGGAUAUUAAGACCUUAAACGUAAGGUAUCUGCGGGAGGUUAUUGGUGUGGUGAAUCAGGAGCCCGUGCUCUUUGCCACUACUAUUGCAGAAAAUAUCCGUUAUGGCCGUGAGGAUGUCACCAUGGAGGAAAUUGAAAAAGCCACCAAAGAGGCAAAUGCUUAUGACUUCAUCAUGAAGCUACCCAAUAAGUUUGAAACUGUGGUUGGAGAAAGAGGGGCACAGCUCAGUGGAGGCCAGAAGCAAAGAAUAGCAAUUGCCAGAGCUCUGGUUCGCAAUCCUAAAAUUCUUCUGCUUGAUGAGGCAACAUCAGCUUUGGAUACUGAGAGUGAAUCAGUUGUGCAGGCAGCACUGGACAAGGCAAGGGAAGGACGCACCACGGUUGUGGUAGCUCAUCGACUGUCAACAGUCCGAAAUGCAGAUGUGAUAGCUGUGUUUGAAGGUGGAGUUAUCACAGAGCUAGGGAAUCAUGCUAAAUUGCUUGAGAAAAAGGGAAUCUACUACAAACUCGUUAACAUGCAGACAAUAGAAGCUGAAGUUCCAUCAUCAGAAAAUUAUGAGGAUGUACUUCCAUCAACAGAAAAUUAUGAGAAUGUAUGUAGUGUCAUAAACAGUGAAUUUGAACCAGAAUCUGAAGAAUCCUUAACUAGGGGAUUGAGAAGACGAUCUACUCGGAGAAGCAUGAAAAAGCCAGGAGAGCAAAAUGAUAGUCCCGAUGAGGAAAAAGCUUCACCUGCUGAAGAAGUACCUCCAGCUUCAUUUCUGAAAAUUAUGAAGUUGAACAAAACUGAAUGGCCAUACUUUGUAGCUGGAACCUUGUGUGCAAUUAUCAAUGGAGCUUUACAACCUGCAUUUGCAGUCAUAUUUUCUGAAAUUAUAGGGAUUUUUUCAGAGACUGACAAGAACGUCUUAAGAAAACAGAGCAACUUAUAUUCACUGCUGUUUUUAGUACUUGGGAUCAUUUCCUUUUUUACUUUCUUUUUUCAGGGUUUCACAUUUGGCAAAGCUGGAGAAAUUCUUACAAUGAGGCUUCGAUUCAUGGCAUUUAAAGCAAUGCUUAGACAGGAUAUGGCCUGGUUUGAUAAUCCUAAAAAUAGCACUGGAGCAUUAACUACAAGACUUGCUAAUGAUGCCUCUCAAGUGAAAGGAGCAACUGGUGUCAGACUAGCAUUAAUUGCCCAAAACAUAGCCAACCUGGGGACUGGAAUUCUUAUAUCAUUAAUUUAUGGCUGGCAGCUGACCCUGCUACUUUUAGCUGUUGUGCCCAUCAUUGCAGUGGCAGGAAUGAUUGAAAUGAAGAUGUUGGCUGGGCAUGCUAAGAAAGAUAAACGAGAGCUGGAAGCUGCAGGAAAGAUUGCCACAGAAGCAAUAGAAAAUAUUAGAACUGUUGUUAGCUUAACCCGAGAAAGAAAAUUUGAGUCGAUGUAUGGAGAACAUCUGAUUCUACCAUACAGAAAUUCUGUGAAGAAGGCACAUAUAUUUGGCUUUUGUUUCGCCCUUUCACAAGCAAUGAUGUUCUUUACCUAUGCCGGCUGUUUCCGGUUUGGUGCCUAUCUAGUGGUAAAUGGACACAUGGAGUAUAAAAGUGUAUUUUUAGUGUUUUCAGCGGUUGUAUUUGGUGCAAUGGCACUAGGACAAACCAGUUCUUUUGCUCCAGACUAUGCCAAAGCCAAGAUAUCAGCAGCCCACUUGUUUCUGCUGUUUGAAAGAGUGCCCUCAAUAGACAGCUACAGUGAGGAAGGAGACAAGCCUGAAACAUUUGAGGGAAACAUAACAAUCAAAGAUGUGGCAUUUAACUACCCAAACCGACCAGAGGUCAAAAUUCUCCAAGGGUUGAACCUAAAAGUAGAAAAGGGACAAACUCUGGCUCUUGUUGGCAGCAGUGGCUGUGGAAAGAGCACUGUUGUUCAGCUACUGGAGAGAUUUUAUGACCCACUUGAUGGAGAAAUGCUUUUUGAUGGCAAAAAUGCAAAGGCACUGAAUAUCCAGUGGUUGAGAGCUCAGAUUGGUAUUGUCUCACAAGAACCAAUCCUGUUUGACUUCACUAUUGCUGAAAACAUCGCCUAUGGAGAUAACAGUCGGGAGGUGUCCUUUGAGGAAAUUGUUAGUGCCGCAAAACAAGCCAAUAUUCAUUCCUUCAUUGACUCACUGCCAGAUAAAUACAAUACCCGCGUAGGAGACAAGGGAACCCAGCUUUCUGGAGGCCAGAAACAACGUAUCGCUAUUGCCCGAGCUCUUGUACGCAAGCCCCAAAUUCUGCUUCUGGAUGAAGCUACUUCUGCCUUAGACACAGAAAGUGAAAAGGUUGUCCAGGAAGCACUGGAUAAAGCUCGAGAAGGUCGUACGUGCAUUGUGAUAGCUCAUCGCCUCUCCACCAUCCAAAAUGCUGACAAGAUCAGCGUGGUCCAGAAUGGCAGGGUCGUAGAGCAGGGCACCCACCAGCAGCUUCUGGCUGAAAAAGGCAUCUACUAUUCCCUGGUCAAUGUUCAAAGUGGAUAAUGCAACAUCUCAAUUCAAGGCAGUACUUAUCUCUGAAUUGUCACUGUGGCUACUAUUGUCAUUGUAAUUAUUUCAAUAUCAACAGUCAGUCUCGAUACUUUUGGUUUUCUUCAUUCCUUUCAUAAGUUAUGCAAACCCAAGAAAUACUAAGUAAAUGUGUACCAGUUUCUCACUACUAGUUUUCAUUAUUCAAACCUCUUUUCUAUGUGGCCAAAGCAGAUGCCCAUGGCACUCAUGAAAGUAGAAGCAUGCCAAGCCAAAUUUAAUUAAUAUUAGCUAGCUUUGAACUAUUUCAAAAAUCACACUAAUUCGGUGUAAGCAAUUUGGAAAUAUUUUCAUGCCCAUUAAAAACAGUUCUGCUCUUGUCAAAAAUAAACCUCAAGCCUUACCCUCGCUGUGCCUGUGUAAGACAGUCAGUCCUGGCCUAUUAGGCUCAUUACCAUAUGUUAUGAGAACUUGCAGGUCAGCUGAAGCUUUAUGCUAGGUGUCUCUUGUUAUGAUGUGGAGUUUUAGCCUGGGAUGUCAGUAAAGGCCUUGAAAAUAUGGGUACAGGCUGAAAACAAAGGUCCCAGAACUGUAAGUACCUUACUAAUCAUUGAAGAGUUGCAACCUUAAGAGAUGGAAAAAGACUGCUUGAAAUGAAACAGAAAUUAAACAAUAGAUAAGGAAAAAACCCAAGAUCAUAACUGAUGGGCAAGACAAGGCAUCUGCUGCAGCCUGGGAAAGUAUUCUCUGUAAGUCUCUCAAAGUCCUAGGGGUCAGAGGUCAAGGACUAAGAGCUCUCUGAAGACUGCAAUAUUUUAUACAAGGUGAAAAUCCUGGAUUUGGACUUGGAGGAGGGGAAAGGAAGGCAUCCUUUUCAGUGUUGACAUCCUUGGUUGAAGAGCUCUUGAGUCUGAGUGCUGCCGUGACUGAGAAUCUCAAGGACUGUAACCAUCAGUGCUGAAUUCCUGGCAUUGGCUCUGGGAUAUUGUAUAUUGUCUGCUAAUACAGGAUGGCUGUUAAGGGCUAACUGCUUUGAACAUGGAGUAAUAUUGACUAAUAUUUAUUAAUGACUAAACAGUAGAAAUGUAUUUUGUUAGUCAGUAUUUAUGCAGUAAAGUUUUGUUCUUAAGU